CCACCGACACCACCGCCGCACCCCCUUUCGCCACGGUCGCAUCGUUACUGUGGGAUCCCUCGACGACAACCGAAAAGAAGCCGGCAUUCACACGCCCCGUCGAGAUGGACAACAAGCGGCACCCCAGCAGCUUCCAGCAGCUGGAGAAGUUGGGAGAGGGCACGUAUGCGACGGUGUUCAAAGGCCGCAACCGGCAAACGGGCGACCUGGUCGCGCUCAAAGAGAUCCACCUGGACAGCGAAGAGGGCACGCCGUCGACCGCGAUCCGCGAGAUCAGCCUGAUGAAGGAGCUGAAGCACGACAACAUCGUGUCGCUGCACGACGUGAUCCACACGGAGUCGAAGCUGAUGCUUGUGUUUGAGUACAUGGACCGCGACCUUAAGAAGUACAUGGACCAGCGGGGGGAGCGCGGCGCGCUCGACUACCCUACGAUCAAGAGCUUCACGCACCAGCUUCUGCAGGGAAUCGCGUUCUGCCACGAGAACCGGGUUUUGCACCGCGAUCUGAAGCCGCAGAACCUGCUGAUCAACAACAAGGGCCAGCUGAAGCUCGCGGACUUCGGGCUGGCGCGCGCCUUCGGCAUCCCCGUCAACACCUUCUCGAACGAGGUGGUGACGCUGUGGUACCGCGCGCCCGACGUCCUCCUCGGCUCCCGCACCUACAACACCAGCAUCGACAUCUGGUCCGCCGGCUGCAUCAUGGCCGAGAUGUACACGGGCCGCCCGCUGUUCCCCGGCACCACAAACGAGGACCAGCUGCAGAAGAUCUUCCGCCUCAUGGGCACGCCCAGCGAGCGCACCUGGCCUGGCAUCAGCGCCUACCCCGAGUACAGGAAUACCUUCCACGUAUUUGCGACCCAGGAGCUGCGCAUGAUCCUGCCGCAGAUCGACCCGCUGGGCCUCGAUCUGCUCAGCAGGAUGCUGCAGUUGAGACCCGAGAUGAGGAUUAGCGCGAAGGAUGCGCUGAGGCACCCGUGGUUUGCGGAUCUUAAGCAGUUGCGCGCCGGAGGACAUGUGCUCGCGGAGGGUGGCAGACGACAGCAGGGACAGGGACAGCCGAUCGGCGGGCAGGUGUAUUAGUGGCCGGCAGCAGUUGAGCGAUGGGAUGGGAUGGAGAUUUGUCUUUUUUCGUUUCGUGUCUUCUGUCACGCUGCAUAAUGCCUCUUUUCUUUAAUCGAUAAUGCGUUGAUUGUCACGUUGGUCGGUCGACUGGUUGGUUCGGUGGGAUGCGAUUCAGCGGCUGGAGUGAUUGCGCAUGGAAUUCUGUUUUCUUGCUUGCUU